GUAUUUCCAUUAUGGCUGAAUUUCCCGAUGUUGGUGCUCAUUGUGCUGUUGCUGAGUGUCGCCAGCUUGACUUCCUCCCUAUCAAGUGCAAUGUUUGUUCGAAUAUCUUUUGCAAACAUCACUAUCCCUACGACUCACAUGACUGUACAAAGGCACGCAAAAAGGAUCCUAAGGUAACGGUUUGUCCUCUUUGUCGUCAGCCUAUUCCUCUCAAAUAUGGAGAAUCGCCUGAUCUGUUAGUUAGUGAUCAUAUUGACAAGGAUUGUAAGUCUGACAGGAAACGAUGGGCGCCAAAAUGUGGAGUAACUGGUUGUUAUAAACGAGAGCUCAUUAAAAUGGACUGUAAACACUGCGGAAUUCACUUUUGUCUCGGCCAUCGUCAUCCAGUUGAUCAUAAAUGCAAAGAGUCGAAGAAGGGGAACAAAAAGAGUGAAAUUGACACUGACGCCGAGUUGGCCAAAAAAUUGGAUGAAAUAUUAAACUCAAAGCCUUCCAAGCCUAUGGAUCCGGAAGAAUUGAAUUUCUUGUUGGCACAGCAAUUGCAAAUGGAAGAGGAUGAACGGUUUAUUUCUUUUAUUUUAAAAAUUUUUUCAAAAAUAAUUGGAAUUUUUUUUCGAUAUUUUGAAAAUUUUUGGGUCUUUAUUAGUGUUAUUCAAACGCGUUUUUUCGGUAUCGGUAUCGGUAUUUUCGGUAAAAUACCGAUACCGAAAAAAUACCGAUUUUUAAAAAAUUGUUCGGUACCGUAUUCGGUAUCGGUAUUUCGGUAA